AUGCCAGAAACCGACCCUCCAGCUGCUCCAGCAGCAAAGGCGGCUCCCGCUCCGGCCACUGCAGCAGCCCCGGCUCCAGAGGCUACACCUGCAGCACCGAAACUGACAGGUGCCCAGCUGAAAGCACAGAAAAAGGCUGAGAAGGCUGCGCGCAGAGAGCAGUCCAAGGCCGCAGAACCAACUCCUGCCGCCCCCGUCGCCAACGACAAGCAAAGUGGUGGAAAGCAAAAUAAGUCCAAGCAAGAUGCGCCAGCGACUUCAGUUGCGAGCCGGCCUAAGAAACCAGUCCCAACUCCUGCGCCGGCACCGCCCAAGCAGCCCGCUGGACCAGUGAUACCCGAGUGCUUCAGCCACCUACCCAUGGCCAAGAAGCUCACGCUGUCAAAAACCGACAAGGAUGUCCACCCAGCCGUGCUGUCCAUCGGCCAGCAGAUGGCGACCUUCACGUUGAAAGACAAUGUCACCAGACUCGAGGCGACCCUCGUGGCAUUCAAAAAGGUCAUCAAGGAAUAUGAAAGCCCGCCAGGGCAUGUCUUCUCUCGCCAUUUCCUCCCUCAUGUUCUCAACCCUCAGAUUGACUACUUAGCCGAGUGUCGGCCCAUGUGCUUUGCUAUGGGCAACGCCAUUCGCAUGCUAAAGUCCAAGAUCGCAAAGCUCGACCUCGACCAAUCCGAUGAGGCCUCGAAGGAGCAACUCUGUGAUGCUAUAGACCUAUUCAUCCAGGAGAGAAUUCUCUACGCAGAGGAGUCCAUCGUCUCAAAGGCUGCAUCGAUGAUCGCCAACGGCGAGACCAUUUUCACUUACGGCCACCACAGACUCGUUCGAAAAGCGCUUCAGGCGGCUCGCGCUCAGGGACGGAGUUUCGAGGUAGCCAUUCUCGACGACCCGUAUGAGCGAUCCGGACAGCAGUUGGCCAAGAUUCUCAGAAACGAUGGAAUACGGGUCUACUACUACCCUAGUCUCGCCGGACUGAGCAUCAAUCUCAGGCGUGCCUCAAAGGUCCUGCUAGGAGCCGAGGCCAUGUUCGCCAACGGGUCACUAUACGGCCCAGCUGGUACUUGCGACAUCGCAAUUUCGGCCAAUGACGCCGAUGUCGCCGUCAUCGCCCUGCUUGAGACGGUGAAUUUUGACAGGGAUCGCGUUUCGGCGGAUUCUCUAACGUACAACGAGAUCGACCCCGAGCGCUACAGUGCGGAUUCGUUACGGCUGCUGUUUGACGCAACGAAGGACAAGUACAUAACGGCAGUGGUGACGGAGAGCGAGGAAGGGAACGCAACUGCUUCCACGUCAGCCAUGCUCCCAGUGCUGAGGAAAAUGGACGAGCGCACGUUGUGA